CACUGAACGUAUGCACAUUCGUCAUCUCAUGCGACAAGAAUUUUUUAAUCCAUGGCUGGCAUUAAUAAGCAUCCCACUCGAAGGAAUGAGCUGCUAUUUGUUCCAAGGAACACCUCCAUGCCCACUUAUUUGCAGCUGCAAAGAUCUCUUGGUGUCUCGUCCUUUCCCUCUCUUCUUCUUCCUCCUUAUCUUUCCUUGAUCUCUUCUUUCUCGUGCUUAUCUGAAUGUUCAAUAAAAUUCCAUUGAGUUGACUGGUCCGUUUUAAGUUCUAAGCCUCCCUCCUUUGGGUCAAGAAGAGAGAUCUUUAGACCAUUCCAAGCAUUUUUCCCAACACCUUACACCGACGAAAACAACACCAUGGGCAACCUCCACUUUGUUCUAAUCCCAUGGCUCGCUCAAGGCCACAUGAUUCCCAUGGUGGACAUCGCCCGCCUACUCGCCGAGCAUGGCGUGACGGUCUCCAUCAUCACCACCCCCGUCAAUGCGGCCCGCAUCCAAUCCACCAUCGACCGCAUCUCCGCCUCCGGCCGCCUCCUCCAUUUCGUCACCCUCCGCUUCCCCGCCGCCGAGUUCGGCCUCCCGGAGGGCUGCGAGAACCUCGACAGCCUCCCUUCCCGUGACUUGAUCCUCAACUUCUUCCAAGCAACAAAGCAUCUACGAGGACCCCUUCUGCAAUACCUUCGCAGCGGCUCUUCACUCCCUCUGAGCUGCAUGAUCAUCGAUGUCUACCACCCAUGGGCUCAUGGAGUCGCUCGAGACCUCGGAGUCCCUUGCCUCGCCUUCCAUGGCUACUCUUGCUGCUCCCUCUUGAGCAUCCACUACUUGCACCACUACAAGACCCACGAGACCAUGCCCUCGAUGUCGGAUUCUUUCAUCUUGCCAGGAUUGCCUCAUCGGAUCGAGAUGACGAGGUGGAAGCUACCGAGGCAAUUCCAUGACGACGUCCCAUACCAGGAGAUCUACGAGGAGGUCAGAGAAGCUGACGAGAUGGCAGAUGGAGUGAUCGUGAACAGCUUUGAUGAGUUGGAGCCAGGAUAUACGGAACGCAUCGAGAAGGCGACGGGGAAGAAGGCGUGGACCGUCGGUCCGGUCUCGCUUCAGAACAAAGGAAGGUCGGACAUGGCGGAGAGGGGGAAUAAGUCAACGGUCGACAAGGAGCAGUGCUUGAAGUGGUUGGAUUCGAAGAAACCCAAGUCGGUGAUCUACGUUAGCUUCGGCAGCAUGGGCAAAUUUUCAUCCUUGCAGCUGAAAGAGAUGGGGGCCGGCCUGCUCGCUUCGAGCAGACCUUUCAUUUGGGUCAUCAAGGGGGGUCAGAAGCCAUUGGAGGAGGUGGAGAAGUGGGUGGGGGAAAGGAUAAAAGGGAGGGUGGAUUCGAGGUGCCUUUUGAUCAAGGGGUGGGCGCCGCAGGUGAUGAUCCUGUCGCACCCAGCGGUGGGAGGGUUCGUGACGCACUGUGGGUGGAACUCGACGCUGGAGGGAGUGUCCGCAGGCGUGCCGAUGGUAACCUGGCCGCUCUUCGCCGAGCAGUUCCUUAAUGAGAAGUUGAUCGUGGAGGUUCUGGGGUUCGGCGUGGCGGUCGGAGUCGAAAUGCCGACGGGCUGGUGCAAAGGGGAGGAGGGUGGAGUGAUGGUGAAGAGAGAGCAGCUGACGAAGGCUGUAGAGAGGCUGAUGGAUGAAGGGGAGGAAGGGAAUGAGAGGAGGAGGAGAGCGAAGGAGUUAGGGGAGAAAGCAAACAAGGCUCUGGAGGAGGGUGGGUCUUCCAAUCUGAGCAUCACACGCUUGAUUCAGUACGUGGCAGAGAAAGCUGGUGAGAAAGCUAUGGAGAAUCUUAGUGUUUAGGUGGAGGAGACCGGGAGCUUUGGGUUGUUUUGAUGUGGUUGCCAAUUUGCUAUAUUGUUAUAUAGUUUUUCCUAAAAUAAAAGCUUAAGUUGAAAAAUAACAAAUGGAAGUACAUACUUCUACUUUCCUUUAAUGCUACAAA